ACUUCACUGCGGCGAGUCGUGCGCUCAACAUCAUCGCACAAUUUUUUUUUGUUUCGGUGUAAUAACAAUAUUCUCCCGCAUUUCACCACUGGAUUUUAACCACUAAAGUCGGUGUGCUCCGAAAUGUUUGGACAAUUGGGAUAAAGUGCCUUGUGAAAUUGCCUCCUUUUCUCGUUGACGAGUCCCUCGAGAGACUAGACUCACCGUAUUUUAACUCUGUGCUGUGGACUUUAAUUUUUUUCCCCCGAGUCAUUCUACUGUGAUCUGGGGGGGGAUUUAAAGGUGAAGAUUUGAGUGGUUCUUCGGAGUGAAUUGUCUUGUGAUUGGUUUUUCAUUGAGAUUUUUUCAACUGACGUCACGAACUUAUGGUGACAUGGACGUGUGGAUUAAAUGACCCCCGGGUGACAAACCGGCAUGGAUUGCUCCGCAAAAGUGACCAUCGAGAAUAGUCCGGACCAACGACACAGUAGUGAAACACAGACCGAUGCCGCAUCAACUUCAUCGGUUGAACAAUUGGAGGGCUCUUACCCCUGUCCUGCCUGCCCCCUCGUGCUAACAUCGUCCCGUGACCUGACAAAUCACCUUCGGGGUCACAAUUCCCCCCGCAGUACCGACUACAGUGGUGAGGAGGACUACUCCUGCGCUAUAUGCCACAAAGUUCUGAGCUCCGCGAGUUCCCUGGACCGUCACGUACUGGUACACUCUGGUGAGCGUCCAUUCAAGUGCAAAUACUGCGACAUGGCAUUCACAACAAAUGGAAAUAUGAAUAGACACUUGCGAACGGCGCAUCGUGAAGUGUCGCCCCACAGUUACACGGAUUCCGAAGGCAGCAGUGACUCGGAGAGGCCGGCAACGAGGCGACACGUAGACGAGUACAACAACAAUGAAAUAGCUAAACGCAGUUCACCAGACCUAGUGGAUCCGGCGUCACCGGCGUCUCGAUCAAAGCGAAAGAGGCCGGACUUUCCGGACGACAUCGAGAUCCAGAGGAGGCACAAGAUUCUGCUGAAUAAUUCGCGAAUCGACGGCAAGAAUAUUCUCCAGAAUUUCAUGUGUCCAGUGUGUCCCUCCCUGGACUUCCCCACGGGCGCUCUCCUGGAGGCCCACCUAGAGAAGAAUCACCCGGACUACACAGCGGAAUGUGACACAUGCAACAGAUCCUUCAAGAACCAUCGAGUCCUGAAUCUCCACAGAUUCAUGGUCCACUUCACCGACACCUCAGCACCCCCGCGACACCUUCGAAACUCUGUAAUAGGCUUCAACGACUUGACCUUCGUCGACUUCUCAGCAGACAAAUUCCCCGCAAUAGCCAGAGCAGUCUGCGAGCAAUCUCUCCACCGUCCGGCAUCCGGAGAGAGUGCAACAUUCCAAUGCUCAAAAUGCCUGCGUGCAUUCCCCUGUAAAUCGGCCCUCGAGGCCCACGAAAUGGACUGCGGAACCCCGCACUAUCAAGCCUCCCAAGUGGGUGAAGAUCAUUCAAAAAGAAACGACUUCUUCGCUGGGCUAGACCUCCAGAACAAAGCAGCAAUGACCGAGGCGAAGGAGGGAAAAGACCUUGCUGACAUUCAGAGCAUAAUCUCCGUGACGUCUGGCCCAAUAUUCCCCCGAUCAGAUGCCAGCACCCCCGACCAACACAUCAAGAUGAAUCCAAAUGUCAAUUCCUCGGGGUCUUCGGGGACUACGUCAUCCGAGAAUAAUGAAGAAGAGGCUCAAGACGCAUUUUCCGCUGAACUGAGGAAGAUGAAGCUCAAGGGUGAAUUCCCGUGUAGACUCUGCAGCGCCAUAUUCCCGAAUCUGCGAGCCCUGAAGGGACACCACAAGGAGCACAUGGGAGUCGGCCCAGGCAUGCCCUACCCCUGCAACGUCUGUCCCUUCACGUCAACGGACAAGGCAGCCCUGAGUCGCCACCUCAAGUCCCACAACGGGGUUCGCCCCUACCAGUGCUCCCUCUGCAAGUACGCCUUCACGACGAAAGCCAACUGCGAGAGGCACGUGAAGAACGGCCACAAGAUCAUGACCAGAGAGGAGAUAAAGAGUGUUCUCAUCUACCACGCGAGUGAGGACGCAGCCAACGAGGGCCUCGACAGAACAUCCCCAAGAGCCAUCAGAGACGACGCCCGCAAAUCUCUAGUCUACCCCGACAGGGAAGAGCUUCACUCCCAGCCACACUAUCCCCUCAACACCAGACACUCCGAUCUCAUCGCCGACGAGGUGAGACUGCGCCAGUUGGCAUCGAUGCGAGCGACCCCAGUCAGUCACUACGAGAAGUCCGACGUGUUCUCAAGGCCCCCACCGAUGCACCUGCUAGAGCUGUCCCACAGAAUUUCCGAGGACUCGGAGAACCCCCAGGACUUCACAAAGUCAAACUACUCGAGAAUGCAGGAGGAGGACUCGAGAUCGUCCGACGACAGCGCAUCACUAGUCAGCGAUGCCAAAACCGACGCACACCAAAGAGCUCAGGCUAGUCCAAUUGACCUGAAGAGUACCCCAACGGGUGACGAUGCACCACUGGAUCUGUCGAUGGACGUUCUCGAUUUGAGUAAAAAAUCCAAGGACAACGGGGCCGAUCUGUCGACGACCGAUGACUUCGAUAAGAGCCAAAAGGACAUGUACGAGUCAGCGACGAAUCAACUCCUCUUGACGCAGGCCCUCCUCAAGGCCGGUCAAUCCGGUAAUUCCCCGAGUUCCCUGGAGGCGCUCUACGCAAACGCUCACCUGCUCUACCGAAACUUCGGUGGAUUCCCAGGGACCGGAGUUGGGGGAGGAAUUCUGCCGCCUUACCUGUUCAACCCCCACCUUUUCGGCCAGGACUUUGCCAUGAGAGAUAGACUGCAGAAGGAGCUUGUGAGAGGUCUUCAGCUGACGAGUGGAGGAACUCUGGUGGAGCCGCCACUCAACAACGCCAGUUUCCCAGCUGGCUACCCCCAGGGGCGAGACUUGCCCCCCCGAUCCCACGAGGAGCAGAGCGACUACUCCAAGAUGAUGACGUCCAAAGUCGUCAGCAAGGUUGCAAGCCCACGAGAGAAGAUGGACACAACGCCCACAUCAAAUUCCGUGAAGAUGGUGAUAAAGAAUGGAGUGCUGAUGCCCAAGCAGAAGCAGAGGAGGUACAGAACUGAGAAGCCCUUCAGCUGUGAGCAUUGCUCUGCGAGAUUCACCCUGAGGAGCAACAUGGAGAGACACAUAAAGCAGCAGCAUCCCCAGCACUGGAGCCAGAGACCUCGUGGGGGGCAUUCGACAAGAGGGCGACCACCGACAAACCCCUCGUCCCUGUUACACGGCAUGAAUCACUCAAGUCAGCCCCUCCAGCCAGCUUACCCCAACAUCCUACCGAAAAUGGGGCAGUCUACUGAAUACGGUAAACACGCCAUCUCGGAUCAGGUGAAGUACGCGAUUCUCGCGCAGCAGCUGAAGGGCAACAAGCACGAGGAUAACGACACUGACGAAGAGUUGAUAAUCGACGAGGGUGCUGAUAAAGGAUCGGAGAGCCACGAGGAGGAGAGGCCAAUCAGCCUGCUGAGGGGAAAACUGGAGGAGAGUGCAAGGGAUUCCAACAGGGAAGUGAUCGAGCCCCCCUCGAGCUGCGAAACGCCAAUGGACCAAGAUCCAGUAGACAUGAAGAUAAAGUCAGAGCCAGAAGAGCCCAACGACUCUAAACCCAAACCUCCAGACAACGAGGAGACGCCCGAUAAACCGAGUAUCAAAGCAGAAGACGGAAACGCCGACCUGGCGAGUGUGUCAGAGCUACUGGACAAUGCGUCACAGCAAUACCAGCAAUUCCAGCCGCAGUACAUGAGCGACGAAGAAGGCUUGGUCGCCUCAACCAGCGACUGCAACAAUUCCGGAAGCGACGAGAAAUCCGACUCGGUGAAUUCCGCCAACUCUGGCCACUCGUCGUGCUCGAAGCUGAAGAAACUAAAGAGAAAGAAGAAAAAGAAGAAGAAGAAGUCGGCUUACUCAAUGGCGCCGAACCGAGUGAUCUGCCCGUACUGCGAGCGCCCAUUUCCCUGGACAUCAUCAUUGCGAAGACACAUUCUCACCCACACCGGUCAGAAGCCCUACCAGUGUGUCCACUGCUCCCUCCUCUUCACCACGAAAUCCAACUGCGACCGUCACCUCUUGAGGAAGCACAAGGCGAACCCCAACAAGAUGAGAAGAAUCAGAAACUCAUCGUCCCCAGAGGCCCAAGAGGUCCCCACAAACAACAACGGCACAUUCUCCAUGCGAAACGUGCCCGAGCGGCCCUACAAAUGCAACCAAUGCCCGAGUUCCACUUUCUCAACCCUCGGCAAUCUCAAGAAGCACAGGUCAACCAAGCACUCCCACGAGGAGAAGUCGAGACCCUCGAGUCCCAUGAGCGAGGCGCAUUCAGAGAGACAAAACAGUCCGGUGCCAACGAGCAAGCAAAACGACCAGAGUGGCUACGAGAGUCAAUCGUCAAGUGUCUCCGAGAAUCUGGAGCAGUCAGCUGCACCCGUUGAAGCCGUCAAAUCGACCCUCAACACGUCGUCAUCAGCCAACGAAACCCCAAGAUCGAGGAGACCAUCGCCACGUGCCUCCCCAGGGCCGACAGACGCCCCCUUCAAGUGUCACCUCUGCGACAGUGGAUUUGCCGAGCGCCAAGACUGCUUGGAGCACAUCAAGGAGAACCACAAACGCUCCUACGAGAUGCUGCUGGCCAAGGGAGCCCUUGACAUGGACACUGAGAACCCCGAGGAGCAACAGCCACCGCCACCCCAGUCGCACCACAGCGACGGAGAGGAGAAACGCGGCAGAUUCCCCGAUUACAGCAACCGAAAAGUCGUCUGUGCCUUCUGCAUGCGUCGUUUCUGGUCAGCCGAGGACCUUCGUCGCCACAUGCGCACCCACACCGGCGAGCGUCCCUUCUCCUGCGACAUCUGCUCCCGGCGUUUCACCCUGAAGCACAGCAUGCUGCGCCACCGCAAGAAGCACGAGUCAGUUGACUCCACGAUGUACGUGGGCACGAGUGGGGAUGAGGAAUCAGCCCCCAUCCAGCCACCAACGAUAACGCCGAGGACCCAACAAACUCCCCUCAUCUCGGUCACCACUGGAGACUCCAGAAUAAGGGAAAGGAUCUCCCUGCCUACAGUGGCGACAAUCGCCACUGGCGACGCAGCCCCCAACAGCCUGAUGAGAUUCAAUCCCUACGAAAAACUGGCCACACUGACAGGUAAACUGGCCAAUGCCCAGAACUUUGGCUCCGAAUCAACGCCGGACAACGACAAUGAUCUGAUCUCCAAUUUACUUGGCAUCAGAGAUAAAAGUAUCAUUGACAAGGUUCUCCAGGCCUCUGCUGACGAUGCAGCCAAACUUCUUGGGGUUAAUAGAAGUCACGAGUGAAGAGUGAUGAGUUGAAAGUAGAGUUUGAAGAUAACAAAACGUAAGAUAAAACGUUGUACAAAGGUUUAAAAAAAUUAACUAAUCGUUAGGUGUAAUUCCCAGGUGAAAUCACGGUUUCCCAUCAAGUUCACGAUCGUGCCUUACAGAAUCUACUUAAUCCCUCGAGAUAAACGAUUUUAGCAUGAUAAAAUCGACUCGUUGGAGCACCCUGGGCAUUGAAAUAUUGAUUGUAGAGGAGUAAUUAUGAUUAGAGUUGAAUUUCGACAGACAAAACGCUAUGAAAGGCGUGGCUGAUUUCUUCUUUUACGAAAAAAAAACAGAAUUUUAUUUUUAUUCAAUAAAUGAAAAAAGGAGGGAUCUUUAGCCUUUGUAAUCCAUCGCGUUUAUGCACUUUUCGUCGAUUUUCAUUUACAUUCAUUGGUUGUGCCUAAUAUUUUAUCAAUCCCGUACUGUUUAUUACUUCAUUUACUUUUCUGUUGGAUUCAAAUUCUCGAUCAUGAGUUUGUAAAUAAUUCAGUUAUUAGGGAUAGAAUUUAGGUGGAAAAAAAACGUGUAACUUGUACACGCAAGUGAGGAUAAUUUAAUGAACUAAGAGAAUGUUUGAAAAGUGUAGAUUAAUUAAACUUUUAUGAUUCUCAAUUACACGUACGAUUUUCUUAAGCAUUUAAUCAUUAAGUCAACACGUGACGAGGAUCAAUUAUCUUUUAAUUAAUCAAUAUGAUUGAUUUUCGUCAUAUGGGGAUGCGAGAACGCUGAGUUGUACUGAAAAAUCCAAAGAUAGAGAUGAAAACAAUGAGAAAACGUGUUAACAACGAAUAUAUAUGAAUUAUUAUAGCCAUGAAACUUCUAUUUUGUUCAAUAAAUUAGCCCCAUUAUCAUUAAUUAUUAAGAGCUGCAAUUUAGGGUGCGUUUUUACGAUUAAGAAUAAUCGAUUUGUGAAUAUAUUUUAAGGAUAUUCUCACGGUAAUUCUCCACGUAAAUUAAAGUGUUUCAAGCCCACCGUAAGAUAUGAAAUGUAGAAAAAUCAUUGGUGAAUUAAUUAUCGAAAAUUAUUGUUUAUAUAAGCCUACUUAAUGUAUGGGAAAUAUUAUUUUGAUUGAAUAAAAAAAAUUUUAAACUCAAUUUCAGUUGAUAAUUUUGACUUAGGAUGUGAACUAUACGUGGAGCAAUAAAGAGUCGAACUAUUCAAUUUAUAUUUUAUCGUGAAAAGUGGAUGAACUAAUAAAAUUAUAUGUAAAUAGACGUACUUAAACGUAAGGGCAUUUUCCAUUGGAAGAUUGAUAUUCAAAUGCAAUUAUACCAAAUAAUGGGUCAAGUAUGCUGGGACUUUGAGGAUUUACCUGAAGUUUAUAAAUAUUGUGCUCAGGUUCGACAGACAAAGUAUUUCCAGCUCCUGUCUCCCUUUUCAUUUUUCUCUCUAUUCUAGCCUUAUCUCUUUCUUUCAGACUUAUUGAUUUAUUUAUUCUUUUAUAUUCAAGCGUUGCACAGAAUUGAUGAGAAAAGUGUAAUGCAAAAAUGGCCAGCUUCAAGGGGAGCUCGAGUUUUGAGGAUAAAAUUGAUAAAUUUGUAAUUAUCCUGAAAUUCACUCCCUACAAUUUGUUUUUCCCUCAUAGUAAUCAUAUCUUAUCGCUAGGUAUGUGUAUAGGUAAACGACAGAAUCUAUUUAUUAAAGAAAAUUUAAAUAAAAACGAUUGAAGCUAGCUUUCGAAUGAAAAUGUUUCCCAUGAUAAAAAAAUUAUGAACUUUAGUGCUAUGAAAUAUUCAUCGUAACACGUACGUAAAUGAUUGCAUUGUAUUCUCGUUUGACUUUUAAUUAAUAAUAAUAAGAAUAUACAAUCCA